AUGGACCACCGUCCUGACGGCACUUCGGUCCCGAACCCAAACUCCUCUCUUUCUGCUGGCCGGGACGCUGCUACGACGCCUACGCCCAACAACCCACGUACGACAAUCCCUGCCUCUACCACCAGCGCUAAUUCUUCGGCAUCACCCCCUGUUUAUCCUUCAUCUCAGCAUGUUCCUUCCAUGAUGGAAGUUGACAACAGUUCCGUGUCUGGGGAUCGUUCUCGUCGAGCCACUAGUGUUUUGUCCAUGGAUGAUAUCGAAGCUGCUCAAGCUCUUGAGGGUCUUCGUACGGAAUACGGACAAUCUCCUCGAACGUCGUCGCAGACCUCCUCUGCUUCUGUCGAUUCGCAGCCGCAACCAGAACCCCUACUUUCCUUGCUAACUUCCACACAUCCCUUGAUCUCUUCCGCCAUCAACGGCUCCGUAUCUGCCUAUACCACUUCCAAAUCCUAUUCUUCUAGGUUCAGAUCCGGUGCCGAGUUCAUCGAGCGCAAUAUCGGUUCCCCCGUUGCCAACACUGUUGGGACGGUGGGACGAAAGACCGGUGUUGAAAGCGGUCUUCGGUGGGCUCUAGAGCGCCGUGCAUCCGGCUCAUCUGACCCCAAGCGGUCCAAACGGCGCAAAGUAGGCGAAGAGAACCCAUCAAUAGACAUGGACGUCGAGAAAGGGCUGGAACAAUCAGCAUUGCCCCAUGGGAUGCGUAGCUCCUCGGACCUGUCUGUGCCCGAGCCCCUACCACCAUACGACGAUCAAACAUCACCCAAUUAUGAUGAGAUAGGUCCAGAACCCCCUUCCCGGCCGAACUCCACCUGGCAGAGCCGACUGGUCAUCUCGACAUCCGGUCUAGGCGUCGCAAUGAGCGAGGAAUCGCUUCGGAGCCUGCAGUAUUGUCUGACCUGGCUGCGAUGGGCCAAUGGGCGGCUGGGCAAGGCCAUUGUUGCUCUACAAGGUGCCCUGAAAGAGUGGGAUCAGAGGCAGCAGGAUGAGAACGGGUUGGCCGCUACUAACCAGGAUACCUCGUUGCUUUCCCAGCGUAUUCAGGCGGUCAGGGAGGAUGUCCUGUCGACUUUGAAACAGGUGGUCAAUGUUGUCUCCAAGUACGCGGGUGGAGCCUUACCAGAAAAUGCAAGGAAUCUGGUCCGUCGUCAUCUGACAUCCUUGCCGCACCGCUUCCAAGUCGCAUCAACAUCGCACCCUCCACCGGAUUCGUCUGCUUCGUCCUCCGAUGCCACCAUUGGCGCCCAUCGUAUAUUGGUGUUGGCACAAGAGGGGCUAGACAUGAUGUCUCAGGUUAGUGGAGUUGUUAAUGACACCCUAGUUAGCGCAGACCAUUGGUGCGAGAGGCUGGGCAAGAAACGGCCCGACAGCAAGGUCCCGAAUGGCGCUCCACAGCCAGAGUCGCGCAAUGAACCGUUCCCGGCCGAUAUCAAGCGGCCAAUUCCUGAGGCGCAAGAUGUCUCCAUGACGGGAACGGAAGAAAAGACAUAG